GCCGAAAAGUGUUGCUACAUUUCAGUUCCUGUUGAAUUUGGUUUGAUCUUUUAAAUUUUCUGGUUAAUGGCGAGGUGAAGACAAAGUCUUAUGAUGGAUGGAAAUACAUGGGCUGAUUUUGGUUCAUCAGCGGGAAAUGAAGAGAGUGAUGACGAUGAUUGGGCAGACUUUGGAGGUUUCGAGUCUGCGACACCAGCUGCAAAUGGAAGUAGUGCACCAGGAUCUCUAAUUACUUGGGCUGCAGUUGCCCCUCCAUCAUCAUCACCCACCACAUCUGGGAUAUUGCCAUCUAAUAUUGCACCAUCAUUCAACACUUCAAGUAAAACUGACAAAAGUUCAACUUCUUCAAUCCAGAACCCUCCAGCUGUUAGUGACCAUUCAGAUUUUAUUAACUCGUUUCUUUUAAACAAUCAAAAUGUAUCUCCAGCAACAUCUGCAUCAUCAGGAAAAUCUUUGAAAGAGGAAGAAAACAAGCCAGACUACAAAACAGAAUAUGACAGCUUUCAUGCAGAUUUUUCUUCUUUUCUCGCUGAAUCAUUAACAGAGCCAGUGGAAACAAUUUCAGAUCCAUCUAACAAAGAACAAGGCCAACAACUUCAGACACAAGCCAGUCAUACAAGUGGUGGAAAUUCAGCAGUGACAGAUGAAAAAUUUAUACCAUCAUAUAUCACAGCUGUAAAUCAACAAACACAAGAAAACAGUCCUAAUACAUUUAAUACUUUAGAUAAAGAAGUUUCAUCAGCUCAAGACAUACUAUCGGUUGUAAUGGCACAACAACAGCCAAGUUCAAUGUUUGAAAAGCCAACAGACAGUACUCACAAAGAACUUACUCAGCAGCUUCAUGAUGCAAAUAAAAUAAACAAGGAACUUGAGGAGAAGAUGGAUGGACUUCAAGAAAAAUUAUCCAUUGCUGAGAAAGAAAAAUUAAAGUUACGAGAGGACCUAAAUGCACUUCUAGAAAAGGAUAAAACUCUUGAAGAAGAAUCCCAGAAUCUUACGGAAAUGCUUGCUAAACAAACAGAGAAAUACCAACAUCUUCAGGAACAACAUGAAAAUCAAGUAAAAGAGAUUAGAAAAGCUGGCCAUGACACCCUAGCAGUAAUUGUGGAAGAAUAUAAGGAAUUAUCCAGAAAAGCUGUUUUGGAACAACAAGAAUGUAACAAGAAUGAAAUAGAAAAGCUUCUGGAAGAUCAAAAAAAUAAGUUUCAGGGCUUCCUUCAAGAUCAGCAAGAGAGCUUUGAAAGAACUUUACAAGAGGAGAGGAAACAGAACGAACAAAAAACAAGUGAUUUGUUGGAUGAAGAAAAACAAAGGCACAAGGAGGAGAUUGAAUCUCAUCUUGAAAAAGAACGAUUAAAGAGCAAAGAGGCUUUAGACAAAGCUAUUGAGGAUGCCAAUCAGCAGUGCACAGAAGCAGUAGAAGCGGCAAGAAAAGAGGAGAGGAGAAAAUAUGAGGAAUUCAUUACAGAACAUGAGGAAGCCAUCAAGACAAUAACAGACCGAGAAGGACACCGGCUACAGAGACUUGUGGAAGAUGCUAUGAAGGAAGAGAGAGAAGCUAGCAAAGUUGUGUUGGAAGAGGCUCUGAAGGAGGAAAGGCAGAGAGGGAAGGAGUUUGCUGAGGAAAUAAAGGAGGAGACAAAGAAAGAAAUGUUGGAAUACUCACGAGUUAGACAAGAGGCUGAUAGAGCCGUUCGACAAAAGUACCUUCAUGGUUUGGACCUAUUUUUGGAGAGCGCAAGGGCUCAGCUGAAAAUGCUGAUGGAGGAUCAACGCGAAAAGGACCCUGUCAGCGACUAGUUGUAGUGAAAAUGACUAAAAAAGACAACACAAAUUCAUAAA